CAACUUUUGUCAAAUAAACAAGUUCGCUCCGUGCUCAACGAAACCUACGCUCCCGAAGUGAAAUGGCUCGUACCAAGCAAACCGCUCGUAAAUCGACUGGAGGUAAGGCUCCUCGCAAGCAGCUGGCCACCAAGGCUGCUCGUAAAAGUGCCCCGGCCACCGGAGGAGUGAAGAAGCCGCAUCGUUACCGUCCGGGAACGGUGGCCCUCCGAGAAAUCCGUCGCUACCAGAAGUCAACUGAGCUGCUCAUCCGCAAGCUGCCCUUCCAGCGCUUGGUGCGUGAGAUCGCCCAGGACUUCAAGACUGAUCUCCGCUUCCAGAGCUCAGCCGUCAUGGCGCUGCAGGAAGCCAGCGAGGCGUAUCUGGUUGGUCUGUUUGAAGACACGAAUCUGUGCGCCAUCCACGCCAAGCGCGUCACCAUCAUGCCCAAGGACAUCCAGCUGGCCCGUCGCAUCCGCGGAGAGCGUGCCUAAAUCGUCCAUGCAUCCGGAAGCGGUCCCUGUCUAAACGGGGCAUUUCCUUCUCAAAACGGUCCUUUUCAGGACCACCAAUACUGUUGAACAUUCCAAGAAUUUUCUUUCGAUUGCUAUUAUGAAAUUGUACAUACGAAUGCAAGUCUUCACGUAUGUCGUUUUGUUAUAACGAGGAAAGUGUGAAAAGGGGGAAAAUUUGUUUUAAAUAAUCAAUGUUAUGGGAGGUAUUUUAACUUUUUCUUGUCAAAGUUUCGCUUUUUAAUAGGGCAUCUGAGGAUUUUGACUAUAUUGAUCAAUACUUUAUUACCAUCUAUAUAACCUAUGACUAUUAUACCAACAUCGCUGCUUACAACAAACUACGAACGAAUAGUAUGACUAUAUAUUUUACAACAAAUGUUCAACUCAAACAGCUUAACUGAUGCUUAUACAAACGUGAAUUAAAAUGCUCAAGAAGACGACCCUUCAAUACUUAUAAGCAAGUUUAAAAUCGAACAAAUCUAUUACAACAUUUGACUCACGACACAUAAGCUGCUAUUGGUUGCUUUGUCGAUAAAUUAUCCUCGUAUGCGCGAGGAAAAUUUAAUUUAAAAAAAUGAUUGUC